UCCCUCUGCCCACCUGUUGCUUCGGCCGCGCGCCGCUAGAGGGCUGCCACCAACCUCUCGGGGAACCACUCUCUACAAUUCUUUCCCUAUCCUCUUGAUUCCCCCUGAUCAUCCCUCAGUUUUUAUCUUUGCAAAAGUUGGCUCAUGAUUCGCUAACUCGUUAAUGCUUACCUAAAAUACAUUACUGUACACUUUUCGCCACAUCUGGCAUGGAUAUGUAAGGUGCACUCGCAUGGCUGAUGAUAGCUCAGUCACCCUUUGGCAGUUCUGUCUUGGAAAGAGGUCUUGCACCUCGUGUGAAGUUAGUCGGUGUUUGGCUACUGUGACGGUGAUGUAUGCCGGGUUAUGUCGCUCUUGUUGAACGGUGUCAAUCAGUGCAUUUCCAGCAUGGGCUCACUAGAGUUGCAGGAGAUCCUCGGUAAGAAAGACGAUCUUAUCCGUGAUCUGGAGCAGAAGCUGAAAUUUCGGGAGAAUGAGAUUACGGAGCUGAGGUCGCAGCUGGAUAAGUUCCAGAGUGUUAUUCCAUAUGCGACGGUCGGAGCGUCGAGCACUACCAAGGACCGGGCUCGCAAGACCAGGGCCCAGGGCAUCUCUGCUGAACCCCAGACGCUGAAGACAGUCCAGGAGCUGGCAGUCCUCAGCCAGACCACCUUCCCUGAAGUCCCCAAAUCCUUAAGGUAUGGAACCACUGUCGUAGUUCCCAGGCGCUGUAUGAGAACCUGGAAAAGUGUUGCAACAACACUUGCUCAUUGACAUCUUUACCGACUUGAUAACAAUGAAAACUUGCUGUGUCUACCUGUCUUCCUCU